AUGGUUGAAUCGAAAAUCGACCCCUCCAAGAUCGAAAAGAAUAUUGACGACUACGACCAAGAUGAGGUUGAUCUUGCCAUCCUCGGCCACGAGCAGGUCCUGGCCCGAAAGUUCAGCAUCUGGAGUUUGCUUGCCUUGAGCUUUUGCGUCUUGGGCACCUGGUCGACCUUUGCACAGGGUUUAUCAAGCGGACUCGACAAUGGUGGCCCAGUUGCCAUCCUCUGGGGUCUCGUGCUGGUCUUGUUCUGCAACGUCUGCGUGGCCGUUUCUCUCGGCGAAAUGGUCAGCUCGAUGCCCACGACGCUUGGCCAGGCCUUUUGGAUAUCUCGAUUAUGUCCUGGGCGUGCAGGACGUUUCUUGAGCUAUAUGUGUGCCUGGAUCAACACCUUUGGCUGGUGGACCCUUUGUGCUUCGCAAAAUGCCUUCAUGACUGACUUUAUACUCGGCAUGAAGCUCUUGUUCGAUCCGGACUGGGAGGGUGCUAGCACUGGAUGGCUCGAGUUUGUGGUCUACAUUGGCAUCACUGCCCUCAUGAGCAUUGUCAACAUUGUGUCAUGUCGAAAGGAUGCCGUCUUGCCCAUGUUCAACAACGUCAUAGGCGCCACCUUCAUCGGACUAUUCUUUGUCAUUUCGCUGGCUCUGCUCAUCUCAGUUGGCACCAAGGGAGACUUGGAGUUCCAGCCCGCAAGUUUCAUCUUUGGGUCUUGGCUGAACCAGACUGGUUGGAGUGAUGGUGUCACAUGGUUCAUGGGUCUUUUGCAGGCGGCGUAUGGAUUGACUGCGUUCGAUUCGGCGAUCCACAUGGUCGAAGAGAUUCCCGAUCCUCGCAGAAAUGUACCCAAAACCAUUUGGCUGUCUGUCGUGUGCGGUGCUCUAACAGGUUUCAUCUUCAUGAUUGUCUGUUUGGCUUGCAUUCAGUCACUGGAUGAUAUCCUGGACCCUGUGACUGGACUUCCCUUCAUGGAUCUCAUGUCCUCUGUUCUAGGAACCAAAGGAGGCUGCGUUCUGUUAUCGCUGUUCAUCUUCAACGGUAUCGGUCAGGGAGUCAGCAUCAUUACCUCGGCCUCGCGUCUGACCUGGGGAUUCGCCAGAGAUGGCGGGCUGCCCUGGAGCGCCUACCUUGCCCAUGUCAACGACACCUGGAAAGUGCCUGUGCGGGCCAUUGUGGCGCAGGGCAUUAUCGUGAGUCUGGUCGGUGUGCUCUACACGUUCUCUAGCACGGUGCUCGAGGCUAUCCUCAGCGUCAGCACCAUUGCUUUGACAAUCUCCUAUGGAUUGCCAAUUGCUGUGCUUCUGUGCAUGGGACGCGACAAACUCGAGCCUGGCCCGUUUAAGCUUGGAAAGUUCGGAGCCGUCAUCAACUGGAUUGCCGUGAUUUACUGUGCCAUCACCAGCGUGUUCUUCUUCUUCCCUGGAUCUCCCGACCCUGCCCCCGAGGACAUGAACUACGCAAUCGCCGUCUUUGGAAUUAUGCUUAUCGUCGCCGUGGGCUUUUGGUUCUUCAAGGGCCGGACUAGUUUCAUGCAGAUCGAGGGUGUCGACGAGAGUCACCCUGUGCCAAAGCACAGCAAAAUUGCUGAAAUGGAGGGUGGCAGUGUUGAGCAAACCAUCCCUGUCAAGCUAUAG